AUCCAAACAAUCAACAUUACCAAGUUAUUCAGUAUGUUCGUCAAGAUCUUCGCAGUUUCAGUGUUGGUAGCAGUUGCCCAAGCCGGAAUUCUGCACGGGGGAGCCACCAGCUAUGCUCAAAUAUCAUCUACUCCAGAGCAUGGUCAUGCAUAUAACGAUGGCCAUGCAGUAGAUUAUUAUAGCCACCCCAAAUACGAAUUCAACUACGGAGUGCAGGAUCCCCACACUGGCGACCACAAAUUCCAGCAGGAAACCCGCGAUGGAGACGUUGUGAAAGGUUCUUACUCCCUUGUGGAACCCGAUGGUACCACCAGAAUUGUCCACUACACAGCCGAUGACCACAAUGGUUUCAACGCUGUUGUGGAGAAACAAGGACACCCCUUAAUGUUCGCCAAGGUUCUUGCUGUAUCUGCCCUUGUGGCUUUUGUUCAGGCUGGUCUCUUACCUGCUGGUCACGUAGAUGAACAUGCCGUGGACUAUUAUGCUCACCCAAAAUACGAAUUCAACUACGGUGUCAAAGAUGGACACACCGGUGACCAAAAAUCUCAACACGAAGUACGUGACGGUGAUGUAGUCAAAGGAUCUUACUCCCUUGUUGAACCUGACGGUACCUUGAGAACUGUCCACUACACCGCUGAUGACCACAACGGUUUCAACGCUGUCGUAGAGAAAUCUGGACACGCUGUACACCCAGCUCAAGUUGCUCAUGCCGUACCAGUUGUGCAUGCCGCCCCUGUUGUACACGCCGCCCCUGUUGCCCAUGCCCCUGCUGUACACCCAGCUCAAGUUGCUCAUGCCGUACCAGUUGUGCAUGCCGCCCCUGUUGUACACGCCGCCCCUGCUGCCCACCCAGCUCAAGUUGCUCAUGCCGUACCAGUUGUACAUGCUGCUCCUGUUGUGCACUCUGCUCCAGUAUACCAUGCUGCUCCAGUUUACCAAGCUGCUCCAGUUUACCAUCAGGCUGCCCCUGCUUACUACCAUCACUGA